AUGUCCACGUACGUGUCUUCAGACUGCCGCCGUGUCAGUCCUUCCGUCCACGGCAACAAGUUUGCCACGGCUCACCGCAAGAAGGCCGUAGCCAACAUUUUCGACAAUGUCAGUCAGGACGCCCUGACCAGACUCUUCCAGAAGACCGGCGACAUGAAAGCCGAGGAGCGGGUGAGGAGCAUCUUCUCCUACUCGCACGACCCCGAGGAGACGGCCCGGGCGCUGAUGGCUCUGAAGCAGAGGAAGAAGGACAAGUUCCUCCAGAUUGCUGGCAUGCUCCGGCAAAUGCUUAAAUUUCGCUGA